UUUUAGCAAUUCGUAAAUUCCAAGCUCUGAGGUAUAAUGGAAGGGCAUGAUUUCAGACACAGCCUGAAAGUGUUCAGCCAAUCACAGAGAUCAGGAAGUCUAGUAAUGAUGCUCAGUGGUGUUAUAGAUGAUAUGCAAAUGUAUAUGAGGGGCUCCAUUAAAUGACCAGCAGUGAUGGUUUUGGUGAUGGCCCCUCCAGCCUACAUUGGGUGCAUGUCCUGCCUGUAAUCUAUGCACAGUCAUUUGGACGGAUCAUCAAUCAAUUACAGUGGAGGGGUCAACAGCAUGAAAACACUCAGCAGCCAUCACAGCUCAUGUUAACAUCUCUGUGGUCGAUGCUGUGUGAGGAAACACGAGGCGUUUUGUUUCCCAAACACACACACACACACACACACACACACACACACACACCCCUCUCACCCUCGCUCACUGAGCUGCUCUCUCAUCCGCCGGCCUGAGACGCUGCUCGGCGAAUCAAGCAGCGCGGAGGGGAAGAGGAACGCGGAGCGACGGAGAUGGCGAGCAUCACCAACAUGAGGCAGAGACCGCAGAUGCUGCUGCCGGGGCUGCUGUGGCUGCUCCUGGCCGUCCACACGGCCAGCGUCCGGUGUCUGAACGGCGACGAGGACCAGAACCAGGACACCGAGUGCAAGAUGAAGAGCGUGACCGUGUCGGCGCUGCCUUUCCUGCGGGAGAACGACCUGAGCAUCAUGCACAGUCCGUCGGCCUCCGAGCCCAAGCUGCUGUUCUCCGUGCGGAACGAUUUUCCCGGGGACGUCGUGGUGGUGGACGACCUGGAGAACACCGAGCUGCCCUUCUUCGUGCUGGAAAUCUCUGGGAACUCAGAAGACAUCCCUCUGGUACGCUGGAGGCAGCAGUGGCUGGAGAAUGGCACUCUGCUCUUCCACAUCCACCACCAGGACGGCAGCCUGAACCUCCCAGAACCGACAGAAGACCCCGCCAAUGACUCUGCCAAGGAGGAGCUCCGCAUCCUGCACAUCUCCGUCAUGGGCGGGAUGAUCGCCCUUCUGCUGUCCAUCCUGUGUCUGGUCCUGAUCCUCUACACCCGCAGGCGCUGGUGUAAACGCCGCCGCAUCCCUCAGCCCCAGAAGAGUGCCAGUGCUGAGGCAGCUAAUGAGAUCCACUACAUCCCCUCAGUGCUCAUGGGAGGCCAGGCCCGGGAAAGCUUGAGGAACUCCCGGGGUCAGGGGCCAAACUCCAGCGGCACUCUCAGCAUCCGGGAGACACCGAUUCUCGAUGGGUAUGAGUACGACAUCACUGACCUACGUCACCAUCUGCAGCGGGAAUGCAUGAACGGUGGUGAGGAAUUUGCCAGCCAAGUAACCCGCACCCUGGACUCCCUCCAGGGCUGUAAUGACAAGAACAAUAUGGACCUUACACCUGUGAGCGAUAACACCAAGCUGGCUCUGAUGAACAAAUACAAGGACAACAUCAUCGCCACGAGUCCCAUCGACACCAACCACCAGCAGAACACCUUGCUUCCACACAACACCUCCACCAGCCAGCGCAAACGUCUUUCCAGCAACACCCGCGCGGGUUCAACUUUCUUGAACCCAGACGGGGACUCUGGGACGGAGGCAGACAGCGAGCCUCAGCUGGCCUUUUACACCGACCCAAACCGCAGUCGCCGCCGGAGUCGAGCAGGUUCCCCACGGAGCCCCAUCAAUAAGACCACCCUGACUCUGAUCAGUGUCAUUAGCUGUGUCAUUGGCUUGGUUUACUCCUCUCACCUCUCCUGCAGCCUCUCAGUCCGAGUAAUCCUACAUGUGCCGGAGCACCUCAUCGCUGAUGGUUCGAGGUUCAUUUUGCUGCAGGGGAGCCAGUUGGACGCCUCAGACUGGCUGAACCCUGCCCAGAUCUUGUUGUACUACCAGCAGAAUGCCAGCGGGCCCUGGGUCAACGAGCUGUGUGGACGACGCCUCCUGGACCCCUGUGAGCACCAGUGUGAUCAAGACACUGGAGACUGCCUCUGCCUGGACGGCUACAUGAAGGACCCAGUCCACAAGCACCUCUGCAUCCGCAGCGAGUGGGGGCCCAACCAGGGUCCCUGGCCUUACACUAUCUUCCAACGCGGUUUUGAUCUUGUGAUGGGAGAACAACCCUCUGAUCGCAUUUUCAGGUUCACAUACACCUUAGGAGAGGGAAUGUGGCUGCCAUUGAGUAAAAGCUUCGUCAUCCCCCCUGCUGAGCUUGCCAUCAACCCCUCAGCCAAGUGCAAGACGGACAUGACGGUCAUGGAGGACGCGGUGGACGUACGGUGUGCUAUCAAACUAGGCUCUACCCAUGUUUUUGUGAAGGACAGACCCCAUAAACCUUCUUUUCGCAUUGGGCAGCAGCAUCAUGACUUGCCCAGAGAGUUAAGUUUAGUCGGAGAGUCUAAAUUGUUGUUUGACAGCACUGACACGUUGGUGACCUGUCCAUGGUCAGUGCGACUUCGCUCCAGCUCCCGGAAAAGCUGUUGCCCUCCGGGGUUGAGUCCUAUGAAGGAUGGGACCGGGUGCUACGACCACCACAUCGGCAUCGACUGCUCUGACGGUUUCAAUGGCGGCUGUGAGCAGCUGUGUCUCCAGCAGCUGGCCCCUCUGGAGGAUGACCCGACCCUUUACAACAUCCAGAUGUUCUGUGGGUGCAUCGAGGACUACAAGCGUGGUCCAGAUGGAAGGUCUUGCCUGCCACUGUCUGAGGCCUGCACUGAGGGAAUCGACUGUGGGGAAGCGCUGGACAUUCCCGCUAACCAGACGGUGUUUGGAGAUCUUUUCUACGGAUACAACAACCACACCAAAGAGAGCACUUCCGGACAGAUCCUCAAGGCCACGUUCAGGCAGAAGAACUUUGCCCGAGGCAUCGAGCAGCAGCUCCCAGACGGCAUGGUGGUGGCAUCGGUGCCAACUGAGGUUCAGUGCCACGAGGAGCUGUCAGACCCCGUGCCCGACCCAGAAUACCUCACAGGUAUGGUGAACUACAGCGAGGUGUCUGGCUACCCCCUUGUGCAGCACUGGAGUCUCCGCUCUGUGCUCUACCACGUCAAACUCAAUCAGUGGGUCCUCUCUCAAGCCUUCAGCUCGGCCAUCCAUUCUCUCGAUGGGGCGACGCAGCGGGGUGACUUUGUCUCCAUCCUCAGGGAGUUUGGGAACCACUACGUCCAGGAGGCAGUGUACGGCUUCCAGGAGUCCUGUACCAUCUGGUACCCCAACAAGCAGGUCCAGAGACAGCUGUGGCUGGAGUACCAGGAUAUUAGCAAAGGGAACUCACCUUCAGAGGAGUCAGAAGAGCGUGACAAGGAGCCCAGGACGCUGACCUAUCCUGCGUAUGUCGCCAGCCUGCUUGACACGGGUGCAAAGCGAAUGGCAGCCGGUGUCCGGAUGGACUGUACCAGCCAGGGCCAAUGCCCCCGCUCGUGCCACCUCUGCCACAUGAGCCCGAGGGCGGCACAGGGGCGGCAGCAGUCUGAGCCCGUUCUGCUGCAGAUUACAAAGGCUGCGCCCAUCUAUGAAUUAGUGUCCAACAAUGAGACAUACCAGUCUCUUCAGGAGGCAAUGAUGAGCAUGCUGUGGUGUUCAGGGAAGGGCAACGUUAUCGAUGACUGGUGUCGCUGUGAUUCCAGCGCUUUUGGCACAGACGGACUGCCCACCUGUGCCCCACUUCCCCAACCUAUGCUGAAGCUGUCGUACACCUACGAGCCCAGCAGCUCAUUGGUCAUCCUGGAGUGGAACCACACGGAGCCACCAAUCGGUGUCCGCAUCGUUGAUUACCUCAUCAGCCAGGAGAAGGUGACAGAGAGGACCGACCACUCCAAAGUUGAGACAGAAACCUUGCUGAGCUUUGUGGACGACAUCUUGUCUGGGGCCAGGUCUCCAUGUGUGAUGUUAGGGGACAUCCCCAACCUGCUGUCCUCUUCAGUCAGUAUGAUCAUUCGCUGCCUGGAACCUGACACCACGUACAUGUUCCGGCUGUGGGCAGUAGACAACACAGGGCGCCGUUCCAGUCCAAGUGAGGUCACCAUCAAAACUCCGUGUCCAACUGUGGAUGACGUCAAAGCACAAGAAAUAGCCGACAAGAUCUAUAACCUGUUCAACGGCUACACCAGCGGGAAGGAGCAGCAGACGGCCUACAACACUCUGAUGGACCUGGGCGCCCCCACGCUGCACCGCGUGCUCUACCACUACAACCAGCGCUACGAGAGUUUCGGAGAAUUCACCUGGAGGUGCGAGGAUGAGCUGGGACCCAGGAAGGCCAGCCUCAUCCUCUCCCAGCUAGAAGAGCUUUCCCACUGGUGUAAGGGUCUUCUCCAGGAGCCAAAGAUCGGCCUCCGCAGGAUGUCUCUCAAAUUCCUGUCCUGCCGCUACACCGACACCAAGGCUUUCGGGCUGAACUGGUCGGACAUGGGCCACGACGUUCACAAGGCCUGCGACGAGCAGACGCUCACUGUCAUGUAUAAUGACUACGGUGAGCCAAAGGAGCUGUAAAGGUAUUGUGAGGGUUCUGUUAGGAUGUGCACAGGAAUCCAGGAGAUCUGUCAAACCCAACAAAGAAACAAAUAAAAUGCAGGUUUCACUCAUGUUUCUAUUAGAUACAUGUUUCAUAAAAAUCAUUAUUUGACUACCUACUCCUGCCGACGCUUCACAAUUAAAGCCUUUGUUUCAAUUUCCUCUUCGUUUCUUAUUGGUCUUUCCUGCUGUUUAACACCGCUUGCAUUAAAAUGACACAUACGCUCUUUGCCAUGCAUCAAAAUUGUGUGGACUUGAGAACCACUGGGAGUCUGAGAGAGAAGUGAAGCAAUUAAAAAGCGUUAUCUGUGAAGCCUAGUAAAAGCCUAGACUCUGUAUAGAUAUGAGUAUUAUUCAAUCAAUAGAGAAUUUAUUCACCCUGAAGGACAUUUAGGCAUUCAGUAGCUUAAAAUUAUCAUUAGUGCAAUACUUUACAUAACAUCAAAAUAGCAUUUAGCGUGCAACUUUGCAAAGGGCAAAUGGAAACCUCAGAUCGAAUUGAAAUUCAGUGUUGCUGCAGGAGCAGUUGGUUUCAAGACUUUGAUCAAUAAAACUUGAAGCUAUUCUUUGCAGCACAACUCCAGCCCUCAGACAACUUUACAUUUUUCCUGUGUCUACAAUUUGACAGUGAUGUUGCAUGAAAAAUACACAAUACUCAAAAUAGAAAGUAAUUCACAUAUUUGAAAAAAAUCAUUUUACCUUCUGUUUUAUUUGCCCUUAAAUGCACAUAUCUCAGUGGAACCUGAGAUGACAUGCAUUCUGCUUCACUUUGUUUCUUUGCUGGAUGAAACAUUCUCUGUCCUGAUCCUUGAUACUGAGGGAGAACACGUUUUGAAGCUUUUCUUUUUUACCAUUUGUUGAGAAAACGUGACAUUUACAUUGUGUAGAUUAGAUUUAAUCAUACUUUUGUUGGCUUGUUCGUCGUCAGGUAAAAUAAGGUUGAGACAUAAAGGGUUACACAUUAGCACAUGUGUGCCUGUAUAACUCUGUCACAUCAUUAGAUAUACUGUAAAAUGAAAAGGAAACUUUUGAUAUCAAACUGAUUGAUAGUGAUGGUGACUUCCUGAUGUGGGGCCCAUCCACCUGUACAGCCUGGAUAGAGUUAGCUGCUUCUUGGACCUGUCUCAUGAUCUAAAAUCAGCUCUUUUGUUUCUUUGAUCAUUUAUAUGAGUGAUGGACACAGGGGAGACGGAAUGCUGUAAAAGAUUUUACAGUUAUAACUCAUCAAAACUGCGUCUUCACCUGUACAUUCCAACCACUAUUAAGUAUCUUAGUGAUUCACAGCUUCUGGUGCUCGUUGUAUGCGUUUAUUGUGAAUACUGCAACAGGCGGAGCCAGCCAACACGUGGGCUAAAAACCUAUUUCAGAUUGAUGCUUGAAGCCGUUGUUUUUAUUCUGCUGUGCGCUGCUUUGUUGUGUGGGGUCACUUGGACAUGAAGACGUUUAGUUUUCCACCAUCACUUCCCUUGAACUGUGAAUUACAAACCGGGUUUUGUGGUUUUUGUCACAAACGCUAACAGAGAAAGAAACUGUAUAUAAGGAAUUGUAAUGUUGAGACAGCAAGAUCAAAACCAGUAUGAACAAAACCAGUAUUUUACAAGGUUACCAUGACAAUGGUGAGGUAGCAUCUUAGCAGUCUAGGCUGAAGAUGGUGAAAUAAAGAAAAAGCUAUGUAGACAACAGAGGAGGGGAGUAACUUUAUUAGCACAGACAUUCAAAAUAACCCUUCGCUUUAUUGUUAUUCUACACUUUUAUUGAUAUACCCUGCUGAAUGUAGUAUUGAUUUGCAUUUGUAAAGGAAGCUGUUAUGAGUUCUACUAAACAACAGUACAGUUCAUAAUCACAAUACUUUUUAAUUCUUGAAUAACAAUUUCAUUUAUUUGCCGGUAUUUUGGUUUUUAAUUUGACAGAUUUCACAUCAUAACUAAUCCAACCAAUGAACUAUUAAAAGUCAUAAUUCUGUAUUGAACCUGCAAAUUAAGUGUCUUAAUGUUUUCAUCUGCUUCUCUAUGUUUAAACUUCAUGCAUUUACAUUAGUUAGAAAGAUCUUUUUGACAUCUCCACUACUAUUGUGUUUAUUGUGAGUAUAUUAGUAUAUUUUAUUUGGUUUAACUCCAUCUGUUAUGUUACUCUCGGUUGUUUUAUUGCUGUGCUGUGGCCAUGUUGGAGAUUAAUGUCAAAGAAAUGCAAACACUCAAUAGCUGUUGAUUUUUUUUAACAAACCUCAUAUGUGAAUACUAAAAUAAAGGCUUGUAGAUUUUUGUAUAGGCAGUAAAGUAUUUCAUAAAAGCGUUGCAUUCUAGCACAGUACUGUGUUUUGAAGCAGGUGUUUUAUAUACACCUGUUGUAUAUACAUGUACAACAGGUGGUGUUUUACAACAGUUACUUUAUGUGUGCUUUAGUAUUGUACUGUAAUAUCUGCUGUGUAGCUUAGUCUUUGUAAUCAGAUCAAUCCACUGAUUCCAGUUAUAAAGUGAAGAGCAGGAGGUUUUUACUUUCUCUCGUCUGUGAUCUAAAGAUGCUCGACACUGGAUUUGUUAGUUCUAAACUGUUAUUGGUUGAUGAAAACACGUGACGAACAUGAUGACAUUUUAUCUAACAAACUAGUUAAAUGAUCAAUUAGCGUUCAACUGAACUUGAAGUGAUUACAUGGAGACCUCCUGACCUUUAAAAGAAAUGGAAAGCAACCCUCUACUAUCUGCAUGAUAUUAUUCUGUCUAUACUGAAUGUGGCAUCAUGACCUUAACUUUUUCA